AUGAUUGCUAACAAAAUUUCCCCAAAAGAAAGCGAAGAAAGCCCAAGUGAAAACUACUCAUCUGAGAGCCAUACUAAUGGGAAAGAUGAGAAAAUUCACUUGCAAGCUGAUGAUCAACUUCAUCGCUAUGUACAGCUUUCGUGGGAAGAUGUAAAUUAUUAUGCGUCUGCUGAGGGUAAAAGAAUGCAUAUCUUGAAAAGUGUUUCUGGACAUGCAAAUCCUGGAGAGUUUUUGGCUAUUAUGGGUGCAUCAGGCUCAGGCAAAACUUCACUUUUGAAUAUUUUGGCAAAUAGAGUAAGGAGCGGAAAUAAAGCAGAAAUGACUGGGUCUAUUUUUGCGAAUGGUAAAGAUGCCAAAGAAUUCAAUAUAAGUAAGUACGCAGCCUAUGUUACCCAAGAUGAUGUUUUACUCCCAGUUUUGACUCCAAGAGAUUGCUUACUCCCCCCCCUCCGUGAGUGAACAAAACCAUUAGAAAAAUCGCUAUUUUUUGCCCAAAAAUCCACUCUUAUAGAAAAAAUUUUGACAUAUAAGUGAUAAUUAGUAUAAUGAAAUCUAGCACAAAUAAAAUGGCGACGACACCGACCCGUCCUCUCCCGGAACUGAGGCGAGAUUGGGGACCUUGCUGCGGCCUGAAGCCAAUCCGCCCAGGGAAAGGUCUGGAAUGGGUACUGGUAGUUUGUGUCCGGCUAGGUUUCCCUCCCAGUCCAGCAACGACGAUCCUAGGGUCGUCCCGAUAGGACACGGGCAAAAAUGGUUUUUCCUCUAGUGCCAAUUAGGAGGGCAUGGCAGGAGCCGACAAGAGCUAAGGAGUUAAUCCUUAGCUCUAACCCUAGUCUGGCGACGUGAAGCACGGUGGCCCAGUCCCGCCUACUUCCGGGAUAGCAUGGCCAAGCCCCAUGACCGGAAGGAGCUGAGUGGUAGCCUGUGGCACUUACUCCCCCCCCCUCGAAGUUCGACCAAGAUAUAGGGAAAAUUCCUAUUUUUUUGGAAAAUUAACCCCCCCUCAAAGUUCGACCAAGACCUAUAUAAAUUUACUAGGAAAAUAAGCAAUUUUUCAAAAAUUUUAAACUAUGUGGGGAUGAGCUUGCGAUUUUUGUAUUCAAGUUCUAAAAAAGCGUUACAAAAACCAUCUUGGACUAUUUUUUCUAACCCUUACACCCUCUCAACCAUACAGAAGAAUAUGAUAAAUAUUUUUGUUUUUAACUACUAAACUAUAUAAAAAAAUUUCUAUAUAAUUGUUUUUAAACAAAUUUUUCUAAACCCCCUCGAAGUUCGACCAAAAAAAUCUUGGUCGAACUUCGAGGGGGGUGAGUUAGGGGCACACUGGGAGCAGGGCAAGGAAAGCAAGCGAGGCGUCCAAAAGGUGAAAGAAAAGGACCUUCGGUCCUGGCCGGGAGCUACUCUAUAAAUUUAACUAAGACUCAGACUAAGACUAAGUAUAAUGAAAUCUAAUGCUAAUUCUGUUUAAUUUUAAACGAAUUUCCUUUUUUAAACAUAAAUUUUAUAAAUUAAAUUAAUAUUUGCUUUCCAAUUUUUGCGAAUUAGGAUUUUUUUUAAAUAUCGAAAAAAAAAUUCUAUAAAAUUCAUAAUAAAUUAUUUUUAAAAAUAAAAAAUUAACCCCCCUCCGCAAUUUUUUUGUUCACUCACGGAGGGGGGAGGGAGUUAGAGUUUUACGCUAAGCUAAGACGCCCUGGUACAGAUAAUGAAAGACUUGCAAAGGUCGAGGAAAUUCUGAACGACCUCAACAUUGCAAGAAUUGCUGAUAAUCUGAUUGGCAAUACAAUGAUCAAAGGAAUUUCUGGUGGAGAAAAAAAGAGGGUUUGCAUAGGAAUCGAGCUUAUGUCUGAUCCUUGCAUUAUUAUGUUAGACGAACCGACUUCGGGUCUAGACAGUUAUAAUGCAGGAGUUGUAGUCGAUUUACUUUUAAAGCAAGCCGCUAAAGGCAGAACAAUUAUUUCCACAAUCCACCAACCAAGUUCCAAUGUCUUUAAAAAAUUUGAUAAAUUACUGCUUCUUGCUGAAGGAAACGUAGUUUAUCAUGGUCCAUGCGAUAAAUCAAGAAAAUAUUUCGCAGAGCUCGGAUACAAAUGUCCAAAACAAGUAAAUCCAGCCGAUUACUAUAUGAGAAUACUCCAUAUAACAAAUAGACACGAGAUUACUGAAGAGGAGCAAGGCAAGCUUGACUUGUUUGUUGAAAGCUAUAAAGAAAACCAUGUGAAAGACACAGAGACAAAAUAUGAACUUACUCAGCUGCAUGAGAUAGAAAGUUAUCAUCCAAAUUAUUGGGUUGAGUUCUUUGAGCUACUUACUCCCCCUCCGUGAGCGAAUAAAAAAAAAAUUGUGUUCGCUCACUAAGAGGUUUUUUUUUUAAAAAAUUUAUAUAUAAAAUUUUAAAGAAAAAAAUUGUUUUGAAAUUUAAAAAAAUCCCACUUCUCGAAAAUUGGAAAGCAAAUAUUAAUGUAAUAUGUAAAAUUUAUGUUUUAAAAGGCAAUUUUUUUAAAUUUAAACAGCAUUAGCUCGAGAUUUUAUGAUACUAAUUACUUAUAUAUCAAAAUGUUUUCCAUAAAAAAAUUUUUUGUUCGCUUACGGAGGGUGGGCUUUUGGGCAAAAAAUAGGGAUUUUUCUAAUUUCUUUGUCACUCACGGAGGGGGGGAGUUAGAAGAUCGGUCAAGACUUCAGCGAAGAACAGAUUUGCGCUAAAACUAAGGCUUAUGAUGUCUCUAUUGAUAGGAAUUUUGAUAGCUUUAAUUUUCAAUGACUUAGGCAAUGGAGAAAAAGCUAUACAAAAUAUCAAUGGAGUCCUUUAUAUGCUUGCUAUCUGGCCAAUAAUGAAUGGAAAUGGGUCAGUCAUAAUGAACUGUAAAAUUUAUUUAGAUUAUAUGGAAAGAGCAGUCUUUUUAAAAGAACAUGAUGAAGGGCUCUAUGGAGCAUGGUCGUAUUUCUUAUCUAAGAAUAUUAUUGAUUUGCCAUGAACCUUUGUAGCUGCCAUUCUUACUAAUGUUAUAGUGUAUUUCAGCCUAGGGUUAAACCUCCAUGAUGGGUCAAAAUUUAUGAUAUUUUACUGCAUUUAUGUCAUGGCACUACAAUGCGGUAUGGGCUUUGGCUAUAUCACUGGGUUUUUAUUUUCGACUGUAGAAGCAGCUCAUGCCUUUAGUACAAUUGUUUUAUUUCCUUUGCAAGCAUUUGGAGGAGAAAAUGUAAAGAUAAACUCAAUUCCUAUCAGUUGGAGAUGGAUUACUUAUAUCACUGUAAGAUUUAUUUAGCCUUUUAAGUGGGUUUUUCAAGGAUAUACUGUUAAUGAAUAUACCGAUUGGGAAAAAGAUUGUGAUACAGAAUGUGACCCAUUAGAAGACUUAGGAUGGUCUGAUCAGCAAUGGCAAGGAAUUGUUGGACUUAUUGUUUUAAGCACUUGUGUCAGGCUGAUUGCAUUUUUUAUAUUGAAAUUACAGACCCGUAAUAGAAGAUCCUAA